AUGGCGAGUAAUUAUGAACAUACAAACAAAAGACAACGGACAGACGACGGGUCACGGGAGGCAGUGGAUAGAUUCAAACCCCCACCUUCUGCGUGUGUUCAUGUACGAGGUCUGUCAGACUUGGCAGCAGAGAGUGAUUUGAUAGAAGCUGUUCAACAUUUUGGAUCUGUCAGAGAUGUGUUGCUUAUGCCAAGAAAACGACAGGCUUUGGUAGAGUUUGAGGACAUAGAAGGAGCAAAGAACUGUGUGGAUUAUUGUCAGCAAGGUAACGCGAUUUAUUGCGGAGGACAACCUGCGUUUUUUAACUUUUCGAUGAGCCAGAAAAUUGAGAGAUCAGUAGACAUGGAUGACUCCAGACCAGCCAAUCACAUUCUUCUGUUCACGGUGUUGAACCCCCAGUACCCAAUCACAGUGGAUGUGAUGAACACUAUCAACAAACCUUAUGGGUGUGUCCAGAGAAUCGUCAUUUUCAAGAAGAAUGGAGUACAGGCCAUGGUUGAAUUUGAUAAUGUGGAUUCAGCCAAGCGAGCCCGACAGGCGUUGAAUGGAGCCGAUAUCUAUUCUGGUUGCUGUACUCUAAAGAUUGAGUAUGCCAAGCCGGAACGCUUGAAUGUGGUGCGAAACGACCAUGACAGUUGGGACUACACAAACCCUGCCUUGGGAGGAAACAAACUAGAGCCUGCAGCCCGAGGGCAGCCUCUGUUACAGGAACCUCGAAUUGGUUCAGCACCGGCACCAUACAAUGGUCCAGUUGGUAGCGGAUUCGCUCCUGGUCCCAGUGGGCCACCAGCAUUUGGUAACCCAGCAGGAUACUAUGAUGAUGGGUACGGAAGACAAGGUCCUUAUGGCAAUCCUGGAGAGAGAUAUGGGGCACGGGUAAGUGGUUGGAUGCCGGAUCGCUUUGGGGGCCAUGGAGGUUAUGAGAUGGGUCUAGGGGGAGGACAAGGUGCGGUCCUCAUGGUGUACGGACUCAACAUGGACAAGAUUAACUGUGACAGACUGUUCAACCUCUUCUGUCUGUAUGGAAAUGUUGUCAGGAUUAAGUUCCUCAAGAGCAAGGAAGGGUCUGCCAUGGUUGAACUGGGAGAUUCACUGUCUGUUGAAAGAGCAAUCUCAAAUCUCAAUAAUGCAUUCAUGUUUGGCAACAAGCUUCAGUUGAGCCUAUCAAAGCAGUCCCAUCUGCAAGAAGUUAUGAACCCGCAUCAUCUACCCGAUGGGUCCUGCUCUUUCAAAGACUUCACAAGCAGUCGCAACAACCGCUUCUCUAACCCUGACGCUGCUCACAAGAAUCGCAUUCAGAACCCAUCCAAGGUGCUGCACUACUUCAAUGCUCCACCCAACAUGGGAGAGAAGGAGAUCUCCGAACUGUUUGAGAAUACUUACGGGAAAAGCCCAGUUGCUGUCAAGCAAUUCCCCUCAAAAACUGAACGCAGCAGUGCUGGACUGGUGGAGUUUGAGAACAAGUCCGACGGUAUUGAGGCUUUGGUCAUGGUCAAUCACACAGCGGUCAGUACUCCAGAGAGCAAAACUCCAUUCAUCUUCAAGUUAUGCUUCUCUUCAAUGCCCGCCGCAUCGACUUGA